AUGGGGCACGCCCAAACACCCACGCCGACCCCUGUCCUCAAUGGAUUGACAGAUCAGAUAGGCCAGGGUCUCGGGUCUAAUGUCCAGGAAGCCGUCACCAGUAAUGGCCAGGGUGUCACUGUCCCCAUCCCUGAAGGGGCCCCUAGCAUCCUCAAGCCCCAGGCCAACCAGUCCGUUUAUGAGAAUCCUCCGUUUGAACUUGUGGAUCGUUAUGCCGAUGAACCAAGGGAAUUGAGGGUCGCUGUGGUGGGCGCUGGCCUUUCUGGUGUCCUGGCUGGGAUUUUGAUUCCUCCCAAGGUUCCCAACGUCAAGCUUACAAUCUUUGAAAAAAAUGCUGGUGUGGGUGGAACGUGGUUUGAAAACAUCUAUCCCGGGGUUCGCUGCGAUGUGCCAGCUCAUGUCUACCAGUCAACCUUUGCGCCAAACACCCAGUGGACAGAGGAGUUUGCGCAAGGUCCUGAAAUCCAGGCAUACUGGGAAGGCCUUGCCAGGAAGUUUGAUGUCUACAAGUACCUGCAGCUUUCACAAAAGGUCGAGAAGGAAGAGUGGGAUCCGGUGCAGUCCGAAUGGAAUGUCACCGUGAGAGAUCUCAAGACCGAUACUGUUCGGGUCGAGACGGUGGAUUUUGUUCUCAACGCGAUCGGCCGUUUCAACAGCUGGCGGCUUCCAGAUUACCCCGGCCUCUCUGACUACAAAGGCCUGCUUCGACAUACUUCGAACUGGGAUCCCAACUUCGACAUCAAGGGGAAGCGUGUCGCGGUGAUUGGCAAUGGCGCGAGUGGAAUCCAAGUCGUCGCAAACAUACAAAAGGUCGUUGGGCAUCUCGAUCACUACGCGAGGAAUAAGACCUGGAUUGCUGCGUCCUUUGCAGGUCAUGAGACAUCUACCACGCCAAUCGUCAUCGACGAGGAGCUCAGAGAGUCUUUCAAACAAGACCCAGAAAAGUACAUCGCGUACCGCAAGGAGAAGGAAUCGAUUUAUUACAGGGGCUUCAAGGACUGGUUCAAGGGCUCGGAAAAGAACGAGGAAACGAGGGGAAAUUUGAUCAAGCUGAUAAACGGCCGGCUGGGAGCAAAGCCCGACCUCAUUGACCAGUUGAUUCCCGAUUUCUCUCCCCAUUGCAGAAGAUUGACUCCCGGACCGGGGUAUCUCGAGGCCAUCACCGCCGAGAACACCGACUACAUCCAGACGCCAAUUAAGCGGUUCACGGAAACCGGCAUCGAGACCGAAGACGGGGUCCACCGUGAAGUUGAUGCCAUCUACUGUGCGACGGGAGCCAACGGCGACUUGGCUCCUCCUUUCCCAGUCAUCGCGAACGGCGAGAAUCUGGCAGAGGUUUGGAAACCGGGUGGCAAAUACGGCUUCCCCUACACUUACCUGGGCGCUGCCACUCCUGGUUUCCCUAAUCUCCUCUUCAUCCACGGUCCCAACGGAUCUGGCAGGUCCGGAACUGUGCCGCAUAGCGUGGAAACCCAAAUCACCUACUUUGCCAAAAUUCUGAGGAAGGUGGGCCGAGAGGGCAUCAAGGCCAUCGAGCCACUCAAGGAAGCUGCCGACGACUUUGUUCAGUAUUCGGAUGCCUUCUUCGCUAAGACGGUUCUCUCGGAAAAUUGCAGUUCGUGGUAUAACGGUGGUCGACCUGGUGCGCGGAUCCACGGUCUCUGGCCCGGAAGUGCCUCGCUUGUCACUCUUCUACAACGAGAGCCACGAUGGGAGGACUGGAAAUACGAUUAUAUUCACGAUAGCGGGAACCGCUUUGUCUGGUACUUUGGCAAUGGUGGCACAAGGAAGGAAAGUGACCCCGAGGCCGACGUUACGCCGUAUCUUGUGAAUCCCGACAAGAUAGACCUGCGGGAUGUCCAUGAGAGCUGGUGGCUCAUUCCGUAG